AGAAGAGGGACACGUGCUUCCGGUGUUUUCCAAGGUAUGCAUUUCCUUUGCGGGGAGACCUGUUUUUUAUCCGCGUCGCGUUUGUUGUUAACUGUCUGUAAAAAUGGUUCGUAAAUUAAAAUUUCACGAACAGAAGCUUCUUAAGAAAGUUGACUUUAUCAACUGGGAGGUGGACAAUAAUCUACACGAAGUCAAGGUGUUAAGGAAAUAUCACAUCGAGAAGAGGGAGGACUACACCAAGUACAACAAACUGAGCCGUAACGUCCGAGAUCUGGCCCAGAAGAUCAGAGAUCUGGAUGACAAAGAGGGCUUCAGAGCCCAGAGUACUCAUCGACUUUUGGAGAAGUUAUAUAGCAUCGGCCUUAUACCCACCAAACAGGACCUGUCCCUCACAGAAAAGGUCACGGCGUCUUCGUUCUGCAGGAGGCGACUGCCCAGCAUCAUGUUGAAGCUGCGUAUGGCUCAGAACCUGAAGAUGGCCAUCACGUUCAUCGAACAAGGACAUGUACGUGUUGGCCCAGAAGUCAUCACUGACCCAGCAUUCCUCAUCACCAGAAAUAUGGAGGACUUUAUCACGUGGGUGGACUCCUCCAAGAUCAAGCAGCAUGUCAUGAAUUAUAAUGAGGAGAGAGAUGACUUUGACCUGCUGGAGUAAGUCAAAAUCCAAAGUAUUUGCUACACACGGAGGAUGGAUACCCAAGUCUCUGGAUUUGAAUUUGAAUUUCAGCAAUUCUGUUUUCUCUGUCCACUGUGGGGUUUGAUUUACCUGGACUCUUUGAAGAGCAUAAUUUUGUCCUGGAUUUUUGUCCAUUUAGUUGAUCAGAUUGAUGUGAAGAAGCAGAAGUGCUUGCGUGGACAUGAUCUGCCUGUCAAGUUCACCUGUGACACAGGACUCCAGACAUUUGAAUUGAUGUUUCCAUAAAGGCAUUUUUGAUUUUUGAGAUCAUUUAUUUGGGUUGUUUGUGUCAGUGUAUUGGCAUUAGGAAAUAAAACAGUGUCAUGUGUAGUAGAAACAAA